AUGUCGUCCUCGUCGUCGCUGAUCCAAGGCAUCUCCAUCUCGGUCUCCGACGACGACGAGGCCUCCGGGAAGGUCUGGCUAUAUUAUAAUGACUUGUUCAUUUCCCCUGUUUACUGCUUACUUUCAAUGCUACUCAGAGGAUCUAUUUUAGCGGCUGCAUGCCUGAAGAUGCUCGAUACUGAGAUGCUUCAAAAUCUGGAACUUCGUGAACCCCCUGAACAAAAUCUGCCAGUCAAGGAAGUUGUGUACAGGUCCAGUCUGCCCCAUCUUGAAGAUAACAUUUCAUCCCAUAUGACGAAUUCGCGAUUUAAUUCAUUCACGGGAUAUCAGACCCUUACUGAAAGAGAAGAGAGUUUCAAGCCAAAGGAAACUACAGCGGUUCACUGUGGCUUCUACAGUGAAAAUGGAGGGUUCAGAGUUUCUGAUGUAGAUAAAGAUUACAUGAGAUCUUGCAGAGUUGUUGUGGCCACUUGUGCGUUUGGUGGAGGGGAUGACCUUCACCAGCCUAUAGGGAUGACAGAAGUAUCUGUCAAAAAGGUAUGCUAUGUUGCAUUCUGGGAUGAAGUCACUCUCUCAGCUCAACAUGAGGAAGGUAAGAAGAUUGGUGAAGAUCUCAGGAUUGGCCUUUGGAGGAUCAUUCUUGUGAGAGACCUUCCUUUCACAGAUCAACGGCUGAAUGGCAAAAUUCCCAAGCUGAUAAGCCAUCGCCUUUUUCCUAUGGCAAGAUACUCGAUUUGGGUGGAUUCGAAAUCCCAGUUCCGGAGAGAUCCACUAGGAGUCAUUGAGGCCCUUCUGUGGCGCUCAAACUCUUCCUUGGCAUUAUCGGAACAUGGAGCUCGGAGCAGCUUGUAUGACGAGGGUAACGCGAUUGUUAGGAAACACAAAGCAACCCCAGAAGAAGUUAAAAUACAGUUGGAUCAGUACCGACAAGAUGGCAUUCCAGAUGACAAACGAUUCAACAGGAAGAAAGCUCUGGCAGAAGCUUCGGCCAUUGUGAGGGAUCACGCCCCCUCGACGAACCUCUUCAUGUGCCUCUGGUUCAACGAGGUGGUGAGGUUCACGUCCCGGGAUCAGCUGAGCUUUCCCUACGUGCUGCGGCGCCUCAGGCUCCCCGGCGUCCACCUGUUCCCGGUGUGCGCCCGCAAGGAUCUGGUCAACAGCUUCGGCCAUCGGCGCAAGGUGAAGCCUCUCGCGAAGGAGGGAAGAUGA